CAGCCAUUUUAUAAUCAUAAUUUUCUUUUCAGAUUUUGUUUAGUUUUUGUUUUCUUGAGUUUCUCCAUUUUUGUGGUAUGAGUUGAUUUUGUAUAAAUGUUGCUAUGAUACUAAAUUACAAGAGUGGAAUAUGUCUGCAGCAGAACCAACCAGCCAGAAGAAACGUACUUUAAUCGUUCACAAGGAAAUCAAUGGAGCGAGUCACAGGUCAGGAGUGCGAGAGGGGGAUGUUAUUCUUAAGGUGAAUGGACAACAAGUAACAGAUUCUGAUCAUAUUGAGGUUGUUAAGCUGAUCCAGGGUGGAUCCUAUGUUGCGCUAACUGUCGUUCAUACUUCAAGGAUUAUUCCAGAAGCGAGGGUUGGGUAUGAAGGAGUGGAGAUGGAAGCUUGUAGAUCACCUACAGCCAGCAUUACAGGUACUUGA